AUGACCACCAUAGGUCGCCCGCACUCGCAGACCUUGCUGGUGUGUGGGGUGGUGGUGGCGGCAACGGCGACACUGGCUGCUGCUCUGCUCCGUCUCUGGCCGCAGGCAAAGGCUGCUGCGCCUCAUCCACUGGCGAGACUGCUGGCAAACCCGCUGCUCAUUCGCGCUGCGUCUGCCGCUCUCCCGCUCGCUCUUGCUGCUCUGUUCCUUGCGCUCACCCUCGCCAUCUUUCGCCCGCUCCCGGAUGCGGCUGGCGUUGCCACCGUUGCCGAGCUAGCGUAUCUGAUCAUCAUUGCCGGUCUUGCAAUCGCGCUGGCGGCUUUGAUGGCGGCCGGCGCAAGCGGAGUCAUGGCAAUUGUACUCGCGAGAGCCUUUCUGGAACCGUUUGACGCCGUCCUGGCCCUCCCGCCACCGCUUGCCGGCCGGGAGACCGAGCUCCCGCUCCCGCCUGAUGCGCUGCCGCCGCUUCCGCCGCUGUGGCGGGUGGUAGCAGGCUCUACGGGCAGCAAACAGUGGCAGAACGCGUGUUUGCUCAGAGUCUACCGGGCGCUUGCGCGGCGGCCAGACGUCCGCGACGCCGCGGUGCAGAUCCAUCCGCUGAUGACGGUCCCGCGCUGGCUGGCACUGCAAGUCUUUGCCCGCGCCGGGCCGUCGGUCUACCUUGCUUUUACAGGACUAGGCCUGUUGGCCUGGCUCUUUGUCGCCGCCCGUGGCGAGUGGGAUCCUGUCACCUCAUGGUAUUGGAUUCUUCCGCUGCAUACCGGCCUCGCCAUCGCCACUGCCGUCAUCUGCCGCCUGGCGUUUGUGGCAAUGAGUGAGCUGGAGGCCCGGGCGUCAGAGUUUUGGAGCACCAUGCUGAACACUGUCUUUAUUCCCUCGCUCCAUCUCGGUCUUACACUGGAGGCGUGCUUCACCAUCGCCUCGGUCCACCAGUGGGCUGGUGGCUGGCACCCGGCGCUUGGCGUCGUCUCAAUCGCUAUUGCCACCGCGGUUUGGUUUGCCUUGCUUCCGCUCACUGCAGUAGCCCUUAUGUGGUGCAGCAUCUUUACGCUCACCUCGCCUUUGCGACCGGGCACCGCCGCCGCCCUGGUAAUCUCGCGUUCGGGCUCAUCUGUCGACGACCGCGGGCUCAUCACGCCGAUUCCACCGCCAUCUCUGCCGGGCACACCAAUUCACGGCUCGUUGCCUCCCGCACCAACGUCGGUGCGCCAGCGCUCGCCGUCGGUCUCUCUCGGGCAGGGCGGACGGCUCGGGCAUAGUCUCACUCGCCGCGCAGUCUUUCAGGCCGUGUUGGACAUUGUCGGCUCGCCGCAUGUGGCCUUUGAAGUCCUCGAACGCUGCGAGCGCAACCCGACAGGAGUCUCGCGCUCACCGCGGCGCCAUCGCGGGCAGCUCAACGACAGCCAGCGAUCCGGGUCGGAACCACACCAGCUGUGGCAGCGUAUUCCUCACGGCGACUCACCGCCGCCGCGAACGCUCCGCCGCCGGACGUCCGGGUCGCAUGAGAUGGCAAGUACCACCGCCAUCUCGCGGUCCGGCUAUGACCACUCGGUCAUUUUUUCCGACGAAGACUUUGCCAAGCAGCUCUCGAGCCAGCUCGCUGCGCUGGCAACCGGCCGGCGCGGCUCGGCUGCCGAUGUCAGUGGCGUGUCGUCGCUACCCUCCUCGCCAGCCAAGAACCGCUCCAUUGACUUCACCCACAAGCCCGCCAUCCGCGCACGUCGUCGCAUGUCGAUCAUGGAGACUGCGUCAAGGUCAUCGUUCGCAGGUGGUCUCUCGCCAGUCCGCAACGACGGCAUGACCAUCCCGGGCUCACAUUCGCGGACCGUGUCGCGCUCACCGGGCUCGCCUCUCUCGGCCCGCUCGGCACGCUCGUCAUCGUCGGCCUCAUCAUCAAGCAUCGACUCGAGUCGCUCGUCGCAUGGCAUUAUUUCCUCAAAUUCGGGAUCCAAGGUCAACAGCUCGCGCUCACAAAACUCGCUUGCGCCGUCGGGACCGAGCUCGGUCGCGGCCUCGGGCUCGUCGCCCAUCCUCCACGCGCCGCCCGACGACAACGCCCGACUCAUGUCCACCGCGCCUGCUAGCGCAAUCUUUUCCCGCACUCCGACGCUGCCCGACAUUUCUACGGGCGUCUCGGAUGACAUGCUCGAGUGCAGCGAGUCAUCAGCGCACGAGUCGCUCAGCAUUGUGGUCCCGCCGCCGGACCCUGCGGCGCAGCUGCCGUUCUCGCGGCAGGACACCCUCACGCUCAUUUCGGCCUCGUCGAGCUCGCUGGACCACGUCGGAAACAGAAGUAACCCAGGCGGACUUGCGCCAGGCUCAUCAGAUCCCGCCGACAUCGGCCUCUUCUCGCGCGGCCAGUCGCGCCGGGCGUCGGACGACUCAGGCCGCGUCAUUGGGUCGGCCGAGUCAGAGACCGAGCUCUCGGACGAGCUCGCCUGCUCGCCAUCAACCGGUCUACUCCCAAUUGCCCCACCAGACACAACCCCGAUGGGCCUGUUUUCUCGCGGCCAAUCGAGGCGAGGAUCAGAGUAACAAGCCGUGGAAACAGUUGCUACUCUCGAGUCCGCACCUUGUCAGCCUUUUGUCGCACCGCGUAGCGCAUUUGGUCAUUAC